AUGUUGUGUAUUGCGGAUCGCAUGGUCCAAUUCAUGCCACCGCCCUUUGGCCCCAUCCUGAUCUCCAAGGAGCCGAAGGACAGCGUGUUCAAGGGUGCGCCUUGGCAGCAGGGCGCCCCGCUGGGCCCCGAGGCCGUGCUGGUGCUGCAGCGGGUGGGCAACCUCGCAAUCACUGAGGAUGCCCAGGCUUUGGAGGUCUUCAUUUCCGGGGACAGUGCCCUGGGAAUCUAUGCGCUGCUCAACGGCCAGGCGACCGAGCGGCCCAUGGCGCUGGAUGUGCUUUGGCAGGUGCGGCGGCGGCUGGUGUUGUUGAUGUUUGACCGGCGCGGCGCGCGCGCGUCCUGUCGCGGCCCGUGCCCUUGCGUGGCAGUUUGA